AUGGAUAGACGAAAACUCUUGAAGCUGCUAUCAGCUGCCGCUCUGACUGGUUGCGUGCAGCGCACAACUUCAAGCAAGCCGUUGCGCGUUGUGGUGGCCGGCGCCGGCAUCGUUGGUGCGUCAAUCGCCUUCCAUCUGGCCAAAGCCGGUGCAUCGGUUGUCGUCAUCGACAAGCAGGGGCCAGCGACGCACGCAAGCCGCGGGACCUUCGCCUGGAUCAAUGCGACCUGGGCGAAACAACCCCGCAGCUACCAUCGGCUAACGCAGGAAAGCGUGUCAUAUUGGCGCGAACUGCAGCAACUUCUCAAGCUGCCGGUUCGAUGGGGCGGCUCGCUGGAAUGGUUCGAUAGUUCACAACGUCAGCAAUUGCUGGCUGAGCAAAUAGCCGAACAAGCCCAGUGGGGGGAGCCGGCUCGCAUGAUCGACGCUGCUGAGUUGGCCGAACUGGAACCACAACUUAGGUUCGAAUCCAAUGGUUAUGCUGCGUAUUCGCCCAACGACGGCACCGUCGACCCAGUCCUCGCUACCAACCGACUGUUGGCUGCAGCGGAAGCUCUGGGCGCAACGGUUCAAUACCCGAACCAACUGCUCGACGUAGGCCUGCAAUCGGGGCGGUUGACUUCGGUCGAAGCCUCCAAUGGGUCGAUCAAGGCCGAUCGGUUGGUUAUUGCAACGGGAGCCGCUGCUGAAAUACCUCAGCAGAUCGGCGACAUCGAUAUUCCACAACGCACUACGCCAGGGAUUAUCACGACGACGAAGCCCAUGUCGCGUUUGCUUAACCGCGUGAUUUCCACGCCCGGCGUUCACAUGCAUCAACGCAACGAUAGUCGUAUCGUGAUCGGCGAGCCGACGGAUGUUUGGCAAAACGCAGCGCAUAGCACUCGCCUAGGCGGCCGCCCGAAUAACUUCCCGGCCAGAGCCUUUGUUCAGCAGCACGGUCGCCGAAUGAUUGCCGCGGCAGCACAAUACGUGCCGGAGAUUUCGCAGGCCGAGGUUGAACACGCGUUUAUCGGUUGGCGACCACUGCCGUUGGAUGGCCACCCAGUCUUGGGUCCUUCUCCUGCCCGUCCGGAUGUCUACCUCGCUAUCAUGCACAGUGGCGUGUCAUUGGCACCGGUGGUCGGUAAGCUGGCGGCCCGAGAACUAGUAGCCAGUGAGGUCGUGAGGCGGCUUGUGCCGUUUCGUCCUGCCCGGACUUUCGAGGCAAUCAAUAGGUACUAA